AUGGCCACCGACUUGACGACCACCAAGUAUGAGCCCAUCCAGCCCGAGGGCUUGGCUCUGGCGCUGAUGGUUACUACCAUCGUGAUGACCAUCUUGACGACCAUUAUCGUCGCUCUACGAUUCUAUGUGCGCAACUUGACGCAUACUACCUCAGUGGAUGAUUGGCUGAUGCUUGCCGGAUGGAUUAUCAACGUCGGCCACAAUGCCUCAGCUUGCGUGCUCGCAGUCAGUGGCAUCGGAUCCCACGACGACGUGAUUACGGUUGGAAUGCAAUUGAAUCUGGGACUUUGGACCAUGAUCUGGCAGUUCCUCUAUGUAUUGGACGGUGCCCUGAUCAAGUCGAGUAUCAUCUGGGCCAUGUUGCGUCUGGCUACCCAGCGGAAGUACAAGUACAUCCUUUGGGGACUUUUCUCUUUGGCCUGGAUCACCUGGCAGAUCUCGUGGCCCGUGGCCAUAUUCCAGUGCAAGCCCGUGGCCGCGGCUUGGGGCGCUGUCCCCGGAGACUGCACCUCGGGCCAGACGGUGAUCCUUAACGUGUCGUACUUCGUGUCAGCCACCAAUAUCUUCACCGACUUGGCUACCGCCCUCACACCUAUUCUGCUGCUACGCCAUAUCCAGCUGGCGCCCCGGGUCAAGAUUCUCACCAUGUUCAUCCUGUCCCUCGGUGUGUUUGCUUCGGUAGCCACGACUAUUCGCAUUACCUACACCUGGGCUUACACGACGCCCCACGACCGAUUUUACCAGAUUGGCAAGAUCGUGCUGCUUACGGUGUUCGAGUGCGAUCUCGGCAUCAUCGCCGGUUCCUUGCCCAUGCUGCGGCGUCUGUUCCCCAGCCUUUCGCCAUCCAAGUCGUCCUCCAGCAAGACCCCCGGUCGAUCCACCGACGUGAACCUCGUGACCAUUGGUGGCGGUGGUAGAAGUGGCGUUGGCAGAAAGGGUUACAAGUUGGAAAACACGCUCGAUGGCACAAGGCUAGGCUCCAACGAGCAAUACUUUCAGGACAAGGAAGACGGCCCUGUGGAUCCCGAGGAUUCACGGUCGACGCGCCGCAUGAUUCACGUCACGCGGGAAAUUGAGCAGACUAGCGAUUCGAGCGUCGACAGCCGCGGCUACGGAAACAACAUCAACAACCGCGACAACCACUUCCAGACUGCCGUCUCUAGUGGCCCAAGAAAGCACGGAGCUUAG